AUGAAGCAUGUUGUGGUGGAGGGUGUGGCUGUACCAGCAGUUCUUGCCUCCUCAUUCAAUGAUCCGAACCCCGGCAGACGACCCUUCUCAUACACAAAGCGGCUCCCCCUGUGCGCUCAAGCUCAAGUAACAGCAGCGCUAGCUUCCUCAGCAUCCACUCUGGCAGCAACAGCAUCAACAGCAGCAGCGCUGGGUCUUCACUCUCCGCACUUACUGGUUUCCAAAGUACUGCCCGAAGAAGCAAUGCCUUCCAAUAUCCAGUACAAUACCCCAAUGCCGAUCUAUUCCCGGUAA